UCCCGUUAUACUCGGGAAGAGCCAGGACCUGUACAGUCCCGUUAUACUCGGUCAGAGCUAGGAGCGUUACAAUCCCGUUAUACUCGGGUAGAGCGAGGCGCUCCGAAUAGCGGUUUGAGGAAUGAGGCGGAAAAGGCGAGGAGAACAUGUACACAGGACUUCUCUAAACGCAAAUGCUUUGAUAUGGAAGAUGUGUUUGUUGCUGAGAUGGUGGAUUCCUGUACUAUUCCUGACAGAUCUCCCAUCAAGCUCAGCCAUCCAGGUCUCCUCUCGUGAAGACAGGAAGUAUGCCACGCUGUUCCAGUCGGUGGUCCUGCCGUGCCAAUACUCCAGCAUGUCCACCCAGACGCCUGUGGUCCAAUGGUGGUACAAGUCUUACUGCCGCGACCGCACCCGCGACGCCUUCAGCUUCCCGGAGGGCCUGGGGGUAAGGGGCUCCUCGUCCCAUCUAGACUGCUCCGAUUCUAGCCGCACCGUCCGCGUGGUGGCCUCCGUCACCGGAUCCUCCAUCACCCUGGCCGAGCACUACAAGGGCAGAGAUAUUACUAUCAUCAACAAGGCUGACCUGCGUAUUGGGGAGCUCCAGUGGGGAGACAGUGGGGUUUACCUGUGUAAGGUGAUCAUCUCUGACGACCUCGAGGGCAGGAAUGAGGCCCCUGUGGAGCUUCUGGUGUUGGGUAAGACAGGUACAGGUGUGUCAGAUGAUCUCCUGCCUGACUUUGAUGUGAAGAUUAUGCCAGAAUGGGCCUUUGUGGGCUCGGUAGCCCUGGGUAUUAUCCUGUUCAUCUUGCUGUUUGGUGUGUGUUGGUGCCAGUGCUGUCCUCACUCCUGCUGCUGUUAUGUGUCCUGUUGGUGCUGCCCUGAGACCUGCUGCUGCCCACGACACUUGUACGAAGCAGGAAAGGGGUUGAGGAGCAGGGCUUCGUCCCCCCAGAUCGCUGUCUAUCCACCCUACUACGUACCUGGGGUCCCGGCCAUGGUCCCCAUCGCUCCCCCCUCCCUGGUGGACACCACGAUGAUGUCCGCUCCCCCCUCUGUGUCAGAGCACAGUGCAGCUGGAGUGCGGCCUGUGUACCGGCUGCAGUCUACUCUGGAUCAGUCCUCUCUGGAUCAGGACUCUCUGAAGGUGUUGCAGCACGUAGAGAAACAGCUGGCUCUUUUCCACCCGGCCAAGGCCCAGAGCCACGACUCUUGCAGUAUCUCAGAGCUCAGUUCUCUCCAUGAGGUGGAUGCAGGGGGUUUCCGUCAGUCUUACCGCCAGAUACAGAAGAAGGCCCUGCCAGCCAUCCCUGACCACGACCGUGACCUUGAAGACAUCCCUGACCUCCAUCAUCCCUCGUCCUCCUCUCAGCCCCGUCGCUCCACACGCUACCAGCACCGCCGCAACCGCAGCAUUGAGGAGGACCAUCAUCAUGAUAAUAACAGCAGGUGGAACCCUCGUUCGGAGCACCUGCAGCGUAAGGCCUUCCUCCUGGGUGGGAAGUCAGGCUCUCUGGAUGAGCUGGAGGAGUUUUCCCAGUGCUACAGACAGAGAGGCCCCAGGGAGGAGCUCACUGUCAGGGACAUCAGAGACAACGACCAGGAGUACGAGAGACUGGAGCUGCGGGAACGAGAAGGUGACCGGGAUAGGGAUCGAGAUCGGGAAUACUGUCCGCCUUCUUACCGGGACAAGACGACGAAACGUGGUUACCGUGACAACAGAGAUCGCGAUGACCGCGUAGAGACUUGGCGAGAACGAGAUCGCCAAGAGGAUUGCCAUGGAGAUCGUCAGGGAAACCGACAACGCAGUCCGCCACCCUCGCCCAAGAAGAGACGGGGCACGUGGGACAACGAGCUGGAGCAGCGCCCCCCUAAACCCCCCGCCCCUCCUCCCCCUCCUCGCCAGAGCCCCCGGGGGCGGGACUACGAUGACGAACUCCUGAGCACUCUUUUGGAGCGCAAGACCAGACGGGGUGGGGCCAGUGACAGUGGAGGUGAUAGGGGCAGGGGAGGGGGGCGUGGCGAAGAGGACACGCCCUCAGACACACCCUCUAAGGGUUCUAAGGGUUCUAAGAAGAGCAGCGGCAGUGGCGGCGAGCGUCACCAUAGCCGUUGUCCUAGCAACAGGGAGGUGGAGUUGGUAUUAGACUCACGGGGAGAAGACUCUCUACCCCCGUACUGCCAGACUGCGUUAGAGCGGUUCAGAGCCGCUGAGCGCCCCUCCCCCUCCCCUCGCCCCUCCACCCAUUCUUCCCGCCCCUCCAACGGAGGCUCCACCCAUAGCCACGCCGAUACCCUACAGCAGGAGAGCGGAGAGGAGCGGGAUAAGCCCCGGAAAGUGAGCACUCUUCUUAGCAGAGACUCUCUCAUAGUUUGAUGCCUGGAGAGGACACAUACAGACACUGGGAAAGACACUGGGAAUCAUCCUCUACCCCCCCAUCACCCCACACUGGGGAUCAUCCUCUACCCCCCCAUCACCCCACACUGGGGAGGAGAGAGGUUCUCAGAGCACAAUGGGCAAGCAGAGAACCCCAUGGAGAGGUCAGUGACCAGCAGAGGGAAUGGCUACCUCUGAGUGACAGGCAGUACAACCACUGGACUGACCAUGGCACAGGACGUGGGACGGUCUGAUCAGGCUUCAGAUACACAUCAAUCACCAUGACCUAAGAAAAAGAGUAAUGUUCAGAGCUGUGACAAAGACCUCUGGAUGCACAGGACAAAUAGCACUGUGUGUGUGUGUAUUGGUGGAUGUGUGUAAUGGUGUGUGUGUGAGACGAAGUAUGGUGCUUAUUCCUGUCUGCUCUUUUGUGUGUCAGAGUGAAUAGUUUCUCCAUCUCCCUGUCUUCUCCAUUCUAUUCUCCUCUCUCACUAACAACACACACUGCAUGACGAUGUCAUUCCGGAGUUUCUGUCACUGCCACCUCUACACAGUGCAACGCUCUCUCUGUGAAGUCGCUGAAUGAUGAUGUCACUCUGGAGUUUCUGCCACUGCCUGCACCACCACCACUGCCCAGUCACGGUCGAAGGCCGCCGUUGAGACAACGUUUGGAUUCUGUUGUGUGAAUGGUGUGGAUCCCCCGUACCAUUGUGUUUUCCAGAGCCAUUGUAAAGCACCUAUUGGCCUUGACUUUGUGGAUAGAGGACACAGUGUUUCUUAAUCAUUGUGUUUAAUGCGAUGAUACAAUGUGGGUUAUACCCAGUAAGUUUGGACUAGAGGGUACUACUAACAGAGCCAGGGAGAGAAACUGGAACUUUAGGGACGGCAGGUAGCCUAGCGGUUAAGAGCAAGAGGUCGGUGGUUCAAAUCCUCGAGCCUACUAGGUGAAAAGAGAUCUGUUGAUGUGCCCUUGAGCAAGGCACUUAACCCUAAUCGCUCCUGUAAGUCGCUCUGGAUAAGAGCGUCUGCUAAAUGACGUAAAUGGACUGGGUUGUGAUUAUGUGCCAUCUAUCCUUCGAAGACUGUAUUUGGUUUAUAAUAGUUUUAUACAUAGUUUAUCAACUCUCCCUGUCUCUGUGUUAAAUCAUGUUGUGAUUACAAUGCAGUAAAUGAUUAUGCAAGUGUAACUGAAAACACUUGUGGGUCUGUCUGUGUGUGUUUAAGAUAAGAUAACCAAGGUGUGUUUAGUUUUCUUAUCAUUGUUGUGUAAACCACUAAACACACAACUUUAUCUCCACUCAUUAGCACUCACACACACACACACACACACACAGACACACACAUUUACUGACCUUCAUGCAAACAUACUGGCUGUCAACUUACCACAGCUCUUUCUUACGCCUGCAAAACUUGUAGAAGGAUUCGUUACAAUUGUUCAUGUUUAGUGUUGUUUUUUCCCCACUUCUUUCAGUGUAGUUAUUGUUCAUAGCUUCUGUGCUUUUCUAUGUUAUUUUCUUUCUAUGCUUGUUCUACGUCAUCGUGUUCCUGUGUGUCAAUGAGACGUUGUUUCACAGCACAGCUCCCUGUCUGUCAAUGAGACGUUGUUUCACUGAGUUGAAGUCAUAGGCGACAGGCAACAAUGGCUUUGUCUAUUUAUGAUCAUCACCAACUGACUGUUACUCUAAGAGAUCUGGUAAUCACACACACACACACACACACACACACACACACACACACACACACACACACACACACACACACACACACACACACACACACACACACACACACACACACACACACACACACACACACACACACACACACACACACAUACAGUAUACACACACACACACACACACACACACACACACACACACACACACACACACACACACACACACACACACAGUAUCUUGGAAAGUCCAUGUUGGUGAACACUAAACGGGGGCAGGGUAGCCUAGUGGUUAGAGCGUAGAGGCGGCAGGGUAGCCUAGUGGUUAGAGCAUAGAGGCGGCAGGGUAGCCUAGUGGUUAGAGUGUUGGACUAGUAACCGAAAGGUUGCAAGUUCAAAUCCCCGAGCUGACAAGGUACAAAUCUGUCCUUCUGCCCCUGAACAGGCAGUUAACCCACUGUUCCUAGGCCGUCAUUGAAAAUAAGAAUUUGUUCUUAACUGACUUGCCUAGUUAAAUAAAGGUAAAAUAAAUAAACACACAAACACUUAAGUUGUAUUUCUCCUUUAGGCUACCUUGUUAUAAUAACUUAUACCAUAACUGGGGCUUUUUGCAAUAACACUUACCGUCCGUUACAAACUAAUGCCUAAUCAACUAUUUAUUAUUUAACUACAGAGACGCAGUUUAACCACAGCCUUUACCUCAAAUACUGUUGACCAGGCAGCUUCAAUCUCUCAUUCAAUAAAGUCUACUUAAUCUACA